UGUUCAGCGAGCCCGAGCUGCAGCCCGGCUUUGGGAAGAGCUGGGCGCUGUUUUCUGCUCUGGCAGCGCUCGGUGCUGGCCGUGUGCCGUGUGCCGUGCGCCGUGCCCGGGCGUGGGCGGCUCAGCCCGGGGCAGCGCUGGGUUUGCUGUCCGCGCUGCCGGCGCAGGGAGGGAGCGGAGCGGAGGAUGCUGCUGCAGCGCGCACCUCGCGGGUGACACGGAUGGACUGAGUGCCGCCCUCCUCCCGGCUGGACAUGGACAAGCAGGGCUCCAGGAUGGCCAGGGGUGGCAUGGCCAGGCCCCGGGGGGUGCUGGCCCCUGUCCGGGCAGCCAGCUGUGCCCAGCUGCUGAGCAGCACCAGACACUGCCCUUGGAAAAUGAACCAGCUUCCUCCAAAGACUCCUGUGGCAUCCCCGGCGUCAGAGAGCACAAAUUCCAGGCUAGAGGCUUUGGACAACUUGUCAAUGGACAGUUUUUGGCUGGAAGUAGAGAACAUUAAACAGAGCACUGAAGCAGAGCAGGAGGAAUGCAGCCUUGCAGAUGUCAAAACACAGGAGGAGGGAGAAGCCGAGGCCGAGUGGCUGCAGGACGCGGGGCUGUCCGAGCUGCUGGAGCCGGGCUCGGAGCAGGAGCAGCUGCUGCUGCUGUCCACGCUGACCAGGACGCAGGCGGCGGCCGUGCAGCGCCGGCUGGACACCUACAGCCGCUCCCGCCGCAGGAGGAGCAAGCCGCCCGUGCGCGACGUGCGCGACAUCUUCGCAGCGGGCAGCGCGCAGGACACAGCAGCAGAGAAAGAGGAGUCCAGCCCAGAUCCACUGUGGCACAACCUACGGACUUCAAACACCCAGAGAACAGAAACCCAGGAUUAUUCCUGCACAGUUCGAAACCCUGGCAAAGAGGAGAUGUUCAACAUGGAUGUUGCCUACUCAGAGCAAGCAGCUGUCCUGCUCAAGGGAUCCUUCCUGUCUGAAUCCAGGAAGCUAAAGGAUGGAAAUGCCCUAACUAGAUUUAAGAUCCUGAAGGGCAGACUAGGAGUGACGAGGAUUGGAGAUCUGUCAGCUCAGGACAUGAAGAAGAUCCCCACACUGGCCCUCAUUGAACUUACAGCUCUCUGUGAUAUCCUGGGCUUUGAGCUGAAGAGAAACAAAGCAGCAAAACUGAAAACAACAGAGAAGAGACUCUUUGGAGUUCCACUCAACACCCUGCUGGAAAAUGACCAAAAGCUGCUGCCCAACACCAAGGUCCCUCUGCUACUGCAGGCACUGCUGUCCUGCCUGGAGAAGAGAGGACUUGAAACAGAGGGCAUCCUGAGAGUUUCUGGGUCCCAGACCAGAAUUAAGAGCCUGGAACAGAAGCUGGAGAGGGAUUUCUACAGUGGCCUGUUCCGCUGGGAUGAGGUUCACCAGAACGACGUGUCUGGGCUGCUGAAGAGAUUCAUCCGGGAGCUGCCAGCCCCACUGCUGACUGCAGAGUACCUGCCUGCCUUUGCUGCUGUCCAGAAUAUUCCAGACCUGAAGCAAAGAUUGCAAGCUCUAAACCUCCUGAUCCUGAUUCUGCCGGAGUCCAACAGAAAUACUCUGAAGGCCCUUCUUGAGUUUCUCAGCAAGGUGGUUGCCAGGGAAAACAACAACAAAAUGAACCUCUGGAACGUUUCCACAGUCAUGGCCCCAAACCUCUUCAUGCACAAGGGGCUGCCAAACAAGAUCCCUGAGGGGAAGGAGAAGCAGCUGGCGGAGGGGGCGGCUGACGUGGUGCGGAUGAUGAUCCACUACCAGGAUCUGCUCUGGACAGUCUCCUCUUUUCUGGUAGCUCAAGUGAGGAAGCUGAACGAGAGCAACAGCAAAAGGUACCAGUUCUGCGACAAGAGAAUUAAAAAUUUGUUGCGGAAGAUUCACGCUGAUAAAGACAAGGUGGAAAAGAAUCAGGGAGAGCCUUCCAAGAUUGUGAAAGUCCACGCAUCACUCCUCCUGAAGGACUCUCUGGAGGUGCACCUGAACAAUGCAACCAGGGUUGCUGAUGUCUUGAGGCAGUUUCAGAAGAACCUGUGCCAGAAUGGCUGGAAUAUUGUGAACACUGUCAACCUCCUCAAGUGUAACAACUCCAUGGACUGCACAAACUUGCUCCUGUAUGAAGUGGGAGGCAAUAUUGGUGAACAUUGCCUGGACCCAGACACUUACCUCUUGGACUUGUACCACAUCAACCCCCAUGCUGAAUGGAUAAUUAAGCAAAAUCCAUCUUAUCCUCGGAUGUUCUGAGGAAAACAUGAGCAAAACAAAGCACUUGGUUGCAGUUCUUUGAAGGUGGAAACAGAGACUUUCCUGUUGUAGUGUCAGAGCAGACACUGCUUGUUUCUUGGAAGGAAAAGCACCUUUAUUAACUGUUUGAAUGGCAGCUGGCAGUGAGAGCACAGUAGCCUCUGUGCUAACAGGGAUGCUGGAAACAAGCAGCAAUUAUCAUUGUGUAGCAGAGUUUGCAGAGGGAAUGACUGUUUCUAAACAAAAUAUCCCCCAAAACAAACCCUGAAGGCAAAGCUGCCAUGGCUGUGCAGCAAAGAUGGAACAGGAGAAGAAAAAUCAAGAUUAUCUUGAAUAUGGUGGAAGGCAUUUGUGUAUUCUGGAUUUGCUCUUCCUUUUGGAGCAGAGACAGCCAAAUGCUGCAGUGGCACUAAGGACAUCCCUUUGGUAAGGUCCAUAGCUGCCUGUGGCAUGUCACCAGAAGAGUUUAUGACCCUGGCUUCAUUAUUAAGCUUUUGUUCUUUGAAGAAUGAAAAAGGAUGUUUCCAAAAAGGCCAGAUGGCCAAAUUGCCACCAGUGAGGGUAAACCACACAUUUAUUGUGAUGGACAACCUAUAUAUCAACGGGCAACACAGGAAAAAUCCUGGAGUUAACGUGAGGCUGGUAAUCUGACCUGCCCACAUGAACUGAACUUCUUUGUGGAAGAUUCUGUGGGGAUGUGUUUGUUGGAAAGCCAACAAAACUCCCCUGAGAUGUGAGGUGGCUGAACUGAGCUGAGCUCUUGCUGCUCUGGCUGCACAUUUCUGUCACACUCAUCAUCAUCAUCAUCAUCAUCAUCAUCAUCAUCAUCACCACCCAGCCUUGGCUCCAAGAGGACUGUGCUGUGAGGAGGAGUGCAGAAUGUUGCUUUCCUUCGUGGUGAUGCUGAAAUACCUCACGAGAGGGGCCCCACUGUGCAGUGGGAGGGGUGAAACACUCGGCCUGUCUGGAAAUGUGGAUAUCUUCCUCUAAAUACUGUUUUUAAACAUGGUUGGAUAUUUAUUCAUGUGGCAGAAGCAGGGCUGCCCUGCAAGUGUAUACUCAGAGUAUUUCAUUUGCCAAAUCCCAGCUGCACUAGUGACAAUCUCCAGUAUUAUUUCUUUUGUUAGAUGAGUUUGUUUCCAUUGCAAUCUGAACUUUCCUUCUGCUCCUAUUUUUCCCCUGGGAUGAAGUGUAGUUUUCCCUAUUCAUUAUCUCAAACUGCUAGAUUCUGUUGCAAAGGUGCUUCACUCUGUGAUUAUUCUGUCUGUGUGGUUAAAUCCUCUUGGUAGUUAAGAUCCUUGAGGAACAGGAGAGCCACAGUCCAUAUUCUUUUCAGCUUUUUGUGAACUCUGUGUGAGUGGUGCAGAUAUCUAAAAAUUAUUCAUAUGUUAGAGAGUCUGUCUAUUCUUUUUGGUUGAGAUGGUGCAGAUGCAUUGACUGGUUGGAUCACCUUCAUAGAUGUCUUCUCAAAAACCUGUAAUAGAACCUCCCAACCCUGACCCAGGUAUCAACAAUUCUUGAGGUGCCUCUUUUAAAGGGCUCAAAUUGUGCCUGAAAGAGCCUGAUUCUUUUCCUUGAGAGUGGGUGAUUUAUACCUCUGGAAAGAUCAAGCUGCUUUAAACUGGGGCUUUAAAAACCAAAGGUACCUAUUCAGCAUCCCUUCUGGAAUUCUUUGUGGCAGUGAUGGAGUCAAGAUGAAAAAGAGCAAAUGCCAGAGAUGUGAUACCCUGAGAAACACCCAACUCAUAAAGGUAUCACUGGGAGCUCAAAGAUCCUUAGCAAGCUGAAUUGCACUCUGCAAAUCACACAAUGCUGCAUUUUUUCCACCCCUCAUAUGCUGGUUUGUUAAUUUUUCUGUCCAUAUAAAUUGAGGGGUCAAGACUGCAUCACUGCUUCUGUGAACUACAAAUGAGUGGGGUUUUUUGAACACCAAAUAAUGUGAAUCAAUGCUGUGAAAAACAAGGUUAAUGGGAGAUUCUAAUGAGAAAAAUACCAGGUUUAAAUAUGAAAUGAAAUGUAAAACAAAACAAAACAGCUCUUUCCAGAUGAUGGAUAUGCUUUUAAGUUCUUUUCCUAUCUUUGUAUCAAAAAAUAAGUGUAAAUUUUUCAGUCAGUGGUGUGCAAUCCACUCCUGAUGGGUGGGUUUUAUCCUGGGGGUAUUAAAAACCAA